AAAUCGAAACCCUAACCCCAUUACAGAGAGAGGGAGAGAAGAGGAAAACCCUAACCUUAUCGUCGCCAUCUGUAUCUGAAGAUGCAGAUCUUCGUAAAAACCCUAACGGGUAAGACCAUCACGUUGGAGGUUGAGUCCUCGGACUCGAUCGACACCGUCAAAUCCAAGAUUCAGGACAAGGAAGGGAUCCCGCCGGACCAGCAGCGCCUCAUCUUCGCCGGCAAGCAGCUCGAGGACGGCCGCACGCUCGCGGACUACAACAUCCAGAAGGAGUCGACGCUCCAUCUUGUCCUCCGCCUGCGGGGCGGCGCCAAGAAGCGCAAGAAGAAGACGUACACAAAACCCAAGAAGAUCAAGCACAAGAAGAAGAAGGUGAAGCUCGCAGUUCUUCAAUUCUACAAAGUCGACGAUUCCGGCAAGGUUCAACGGCUGAGGAAGGAGUGUCCCAACACCGAGUGUGGGGCCGGCACCUUCAUGGCCAACCAUUUCGAUCGCCACUACUGCGGUAAAUGCGGUCUCACUUACGUUUACCAGAAGGCUGGCGGCGAGUAGGCCGUCGCUGGAUUUAGGGUUUUCGAAUCUUUAAUUUUGAAUUCUAGGGCGGAUGCUUUGGUAAUGAUAGAGUUUUGGACCUGUUUGGAUGUCUUUUCUUUAAUAUAGUAGUGAUGAAAUGGAGCUUGAUUUAAGACUUAUGGUUGAUUUUAUGGAAAUGAAGUAGAAUUUUUUUUCUGCUCUUUCUUUUGAAGAUCUAUACUAGUUUUGAAAGCUUUGACUCA